UUGUUAAUGCCGAAGCGUUUUAAUAUUUUUGGGGGCCGCCGCGCGUUCCCAAUCCGAUUUGAAUCGUUUACACUGAGCGCUGAAUUAGACCGAAUUAGAGCCGGCUGCCCCGCCCUGCCGUGCACACAGCGCGCUUUCAAACAAACCCGUCGACAAACCUCCACAAAACCGCCGUCCUUCGCUAAUAUACGCGAUAACGCGCGCGUAAAAGCAGGCGUUUAGGACGCGUUCACGGCGUCGUCAGGUGCUGCAGCGUCCACAGACGCCCACCUAGAAGAGAAGCAGACGAGAGCCGCGCUUGCAUCCGAGAUGGCGAAAGCAGAUCAACGCUUUGGGCAGAGAGAUGGAUCUGAUCAGAACUUCGACUACAUGUUCAAACUCCUGAUUAUUGGCAACAGCAGUGUAGGAAAGACCAGUUUUUUAUUCAGAUACGCAGAUGACUCUUUUAGCAACUCAUUCGUCAGCACGGUCGGCAUCGACUUUAAAGUGAAGACGGUUUACCGGAACGACAAGAGAGUGAAGCUCCAGAUAUGGGAUACGGCGGGACAGGAACGGUAUAGAACUAUUACUACAGCUUACUAUAGAGGAGCCAUGGGCUUUAUCCUCAUGUACGACAUUACAAAUGAAGAGUCCUUCAAUGCAGUGCAGGACUGGGCGACGCAGAUUAAGACUUAUUCUUGGGAUAACGCUCAGGUGAUAUUAGUUGGGAACAAAUGUGACAUGGAUGAAGAGAGGGUGGUGCCUUUCGAGAAGGGGAAACACUUGGCCGACCAGUUAGGCUUUGAGUACUACGAAGCCAGCGCCAAGGAGAACAUUAACGUCAGACAAGUAUUCGAGCGCUUAGUUGACAUUAUCUGCGUGAAGAUGUCGGAGAGAGUCGAUACGGAUCCAUCCGUGGUCACCGGUGCCAAAACCACUCGGCUAACCGAUAAGCCGCCCCAGCUACCUCAGAACUGUUGCUGAUUUCCAUCUCAACUCAUCACUUAUCAGCAGCGGGUCCGAUGUUGUUUGAUGUUCUGUUUUAAUGGCGAUUGGAACCAACCUGGGGUGCGUUUCAUAGUGCGAUGCAUCGUUAGAAAAAACGUAACUUGCCAGUGACAAAAUCGUAGUAACGUGGUUGCGUCAUUUUAUUUAUCAACAGUAUAGAAUUGCCGUUAAUGCCGUCGCACACCGGAAGUGGAGUAAACUUCUGCUAAAUAAUCAAUUAGUUUAUAGUUCAUUUACACACAGAACCCUGUUCAUUAUUUUAAAAUCAAGUGAACACACUAUUUAAUUAACUUAAAAUGUACUUCUCCACAAUGUAACUCUGCCUACGUCCGACUUAAAAUGUUUAGUUUAGUCAACUUGAAAUUGCAUGUUAAUGUAAGCGACAACUGGAAUAUUUAAGUUAAGUCAGCCAGGUAACAUAUUAUUAAGUUGAAACAACAUUUUUUUACAGUGUAAUUUUUCCACAACCGUAGCAUCUUAACUAUUUAAUUUUUGGGUUUUUUUUUUAUAUACGAUUCAUCGCUUGUUUCCUUUUGCAGCGCCCUCCAGGGUUCCCGUACGCAUUUAAGCACAAAUAGAUACAAAAUAUUGUAUAUACAUUAAGGCAACAUUGUAACAAUAAUCUAUGCUUCUAACCACAGGAAGAGAGUUUCGAUGCUGUUCGUAGGAACCACGGUAUGGGGAAAAAAACGAAUCGUUGAAUUACGUUGAUAACGACUGAACAUGCGACCACAGUUGGCUAACAAUGCCUCGGGAAACGCACCCUUGUUUGUUUGUAGCUGUCAAACACGUGAAGUAGUUCAGUAAUAAUAGUACACUUUGAACUUAAUCAGUCCAUAGGAAACUCAAAGCAGGGACUAGAGCAAAGCACAAAAACUACUACUUGGCUCUCAGAACUUCAGUGUUCACUGCCGAAACUAGAUUUAAAACACAAUCUGUUAUGGCACAAUCUUAAUAAUCUUAUGAAUUAUAUAUUGAGUGUAGUAUACGAGUACUUUUAAAGGAUAGUUCACGCAAAACAAGUAAAAAUUCUGUCGCUUUUUACCUCAUUCUCAAGUUGUACCAAACUUGUAUGACUAUCUCUCUCCGUUUGUUAAAAACAAAAGAAGUUGUUAACCAAACAGUUGUACUACUAUGGAAGUGCUGGUUCGGACCGCACCGAUUUGGAGCAACGCGAAUGAGUAAAAUGACAAAAUGGGUGAACUAUCCCAUUAGUGAAAGUAAAAUGGUGGAUAUUUUGUUAAAAGGCACACAAAUAAACUCAGACUUUUGCAAAGAGGCCAUUAUGCAGUUUUCGGGGUGGUUUCGAUGCUUUGAUUUGAUUGGAUCAGAAGCAGACGCACGUUGGACUCCAUCUACGAACCGCUGGCACUUGCUUUAGCUGUCUUUAUGUCGAGAGAGAGAAAAAAAAAAGUGACGUUUAUUAACUUCAUGAUUAGGUACGCUAAAUAAAAUUCAUGUCUUACACAAAAAAAAAAAAUAUGAUAUCGAAUUCAUGUUAAACUUAGUAUUGUCAGAAACCACAUGUAACAGUUGUGUGUAAUAAUAGACCGAACACAAUCAGCACAUUUCAUAGUCAGGUGACGUUCGAAGGAUAGUCGUCUUCGCUCAAAAACCUCGAGCGGAACGUCGAGAUAUAUCGUGAACUCGUGCCAGGAUGUCUUUAUAUUUCAGAAACUUGUAGCAAAUCCUCGUGGGUUCGUGUGUGUAUAAUCUACUUUGGAUUUUUAUCAAGUGACGUACGAGUGUUUUAUGUAACUAUAGUCGAAAAUUAUUCGAAAUGAGAUAUUUUUAAUUCCGAUGCCAUAGGCCACUUUUUGUUUUCCUUGAGUAGAUAUUUAUUUUUAUGCUGCUGGAAUAUAUAUAUAUAUAGGCUAGUUGUACCUUUGCUGUCAGUGUAUUUUGAUUUGUAGACAAUUUGCACUGGGGCGUACAGUGAUUGUACAGUUGUGAAUGUUACUUUUAGAUGCAAUUUGUAACAAUAAAAGCACAAAUCACAUAUAAUAAAGGUAAUAUUUAUGUGCCA